AUUUGCUCUGAACGGUUCAGUGGAGCAGAGUUCGGUCAGAACUGUUAGCCCGGCCUGUAUGUUAGUGUGUGUUGACGGUCCGGCGGGUUUCGGGCCGGAGUGACAGUUCUGUAACUUUAGUAGAAUCCCGAGCCCAGAUGCCCGAACCAGGACCCAGGAUGAACGGGUUUUCGGUCGCAGAGCUGUGCUGGUUGUUCUGCUGCCCGCCCUGCCCCAGCCGGAUCGCGGCCAAGCUGGCCUUCCUCCCUCCGGAACCCACCUACUCGGUCCGCAGCGACGGAACCGGCAAGAGCAGCCUGCAGCUGAGCCAGCGGGCGGACUGGCAGUACUCUCAGCGGGAACUGGACUCCGUGGAGGUGUUCAGCACCAGGAGCAGCCGGGGGAACCGGAUCGGUUGCAUGUUCGUGCGCUGCGCACCGAACAGCCGGUACACCCUGCUGUUCUCCCACGGGAACGCCGUGGACCUGGGCCAGAUGUGCAGUUUUUACAUCGGACUCGGGUCCAGAAUCAACUGCAACGUCUUCUCUUAUGACUACUCAGGGUACGGGAUCAGUACCGGGAAACCGUCCGAGAAGAACCUGUAUGCAGACAUCGAGGCGGCCUGGCAGGUUCUCAGGAACAAGUACAGUGUAACUCCAGAGAACAUCAUCCUGUACGGUCAGAGCAUCGGCACAGUGCCCACCAUCGACCUGGCUGCUCGUUACGAAUGUGCUGCUGUCAUCCUCCACUCCCCACUCAUGUCUGGGCUCCGGGUGGCCUUCCCCAAUACCCGAACGACCUACUGCUUUGACGCCUUCCCCAGCAUUGAAAAGGUAUCUAAGGUGGCCUCUCCGGUUCUGGUGAUCCAUGGUACCGAAGACGAGGUGAUCGACUUCUCUCACGGACUGGCCAUGUACGAGCGCUGCCCGCGGGCCGUGGAGCCUCUCUGGGUGGAGGGGGCGGGUCACAAUGACAUCGAACUCUACGCCCAGUACCUGGAGAGACUCAAAAGGUUUAUCUCCUUCGAACUCCUCACCUCCUGA